UUUAUCAUUCUCGUGUCAGCACUAGAACAGCAGCAUCAUGUCUGUGAAGGCUAUCCUCGUCCUCUGCGCCCAGGCGCUCCUCGUCAAGUCCGCCCUCAGCCAGUGUACUAGCAGAGCUGCAGUCGCUGAAUUACCGCUAGCUGUUCCUUAUGGCUUGGCUGCUCCCGUCCUAGGCACUCCUUGUGGACUGGCCGCUUCUGAGCUUGUCGCUCCUUGGACUAGCCUUGGAGCUGCUGGCUUAGCUACUCCGUACGGUCUGGCUGGUAGAGGUCUGGGCUACGAUGCCAUCAUUGGCGCCCCCGCCAUGGAAUUCAGCCCCACCAGUGGUGGUGGUCUGCCUGUGACCAGUGGCUCCGCCAUAGCUCCCGUCGGUAUCUCCGUGGUGUCUGACAAUGUGUACGAGGGUGUUAUGGAAGUGAUUGGAGAGCUGCCGUUCGUGGGUACUGUUGCUAUGGAAGGAGUAGUGCCCUCUGCCGGUGCUGGUGCCGUCAACCAUGCUUGUGGUAAUGGCAGGACCGCCAUGACCAGUGGCUCUGCUGCCUAUGCUCCGACUGCUGCUCUGGCUCCUCUUGCUGCUUAUGGUCCUGCUGGUGCUUUCGCUUCCGCUGCUUACGCUGCACCCGGACUUGGUUUCCGAGGUGACCUGAUAGGCAGAGGUUGUGGCUGUGCAAUCUAAGAACUUGGUAGGAAUAUAACCGAAAACGAACUAAAUAAAUUGAUGAACUCAAAAA